AUGCCCUACACAGUUUUUACACCAAAACGUAAAUCAUUUCUUCUCGCAUUAGACAACACAAAGUGGCACUAUGCCCAUAAUUAUUAUGGUGUGCCAUCGUAUACCGCCAAACCGUGGCAUCGUAAGAUCCCUCUUUCCCUACGGACUUCUCUUCCAGAAGAAAGCACGCCUCAAAAUCUGCACGUGACACUAGUCGACGUACUCGUAGUAUUGGGAGUCUUUACCGGGUUGUGCUGGUUGUACUGGGGAAUAAUAAAACUAUGUCAGAUCUUGGAGGAGUGGGAGGAGUGGACGCAAACACAGGAAGAGUGGGAAGCGGCACAGAGGGCCACUUGUGAUAAUCCUGCAGUUGGACUCCGAGCCUUUACUCCAUCGGAAAUGAGGAACAACUGGGUUUGGGAUUAUAUUAAUAUUGCUCGCCCAAUCAUGAUACCUUUUGUUCAUAUGAAAUAUACGAUAACUGGCUGGAUUUCUGAUGUCUUUGAGGAACUUCCUGUGUUUGCGUAUAGAUUCGCAGUGGAAUUAACCAAGGCCCUCAUAUUUAUAGCGAUUGGAUAUGUGAUAUGGGCAUACUCUACUCAUAAAGUUGAACAGAAGCAACUUGAAGAUGAGUUGUACAACGAGCUUGUCACACAACUUAAAGAUCAAUUAACAAACAAUAACGAAUUUAUCUUGGGACACGAACGGUUGAACUUCUACGCAUACACAAGUAACGUUGCCCUUCGCAUCAAACAACGCGUAUGGCUUCGUGCUGAGGAUCAUUUAACGAGGGAAAUAUGGUGGGUCGGGAAGAAAACGUACGAUG